AUGUCUUUACACCAACAACACAGCAUCCCCAAUGAUACCGAACAAGAAAUUCGCUCCAAAGUAGAGCAAGUCCUCAAAGGAACCCCCUUUGCUCCCUCAAGCCUGCGAAAGCUCAGUGGUGGCACUGCCAACUUCAUGUACCAUGCAACUCUCGAGAAGCCAUCAGAUGAAGACAAAUAUCAAAAUGGCGUCGUGAUCAAGCAGGGCGAGGGCUACGUUGCACUUCACCCUGCGUUCAAGAUUGCAACUUCUCGAUGUGCUAUCGAGUAUGAGUCUCUCGUUCAUCUUGCUGGACUCCCCCCGACAGAAACGCCAUCGUUCAGAAUAUCAACUCCAGAGACAUAUUACUUCAACCAAGAUAGCAAUACUCAAGUCCAAGAAUAUCUCCCAGAAGCUCUCAGUCUGAAAGACUAUGCCCUCAAAUACUACGUUGCCCCCACACCCUCAGGUCUCAAAGAACAAUGCGAGCAGCUCGGCCAUGGUCUUGGAUCUUGGCUUCGCGCGUUCCACGGCUGGAGCCAAGAACCUAAGCAAGCAGCCCUACGAGAGACGUUUGCGGGGAACAAGGAGAUGCAGGGUCUCAAGAACAUGAUCAAUUACCAACAGCUGCUGCAGGUGGUGGAUCGAUACCCCGAGAUUCUUGGCGAUGCAAGGGACGUUUUUCAGGGUGUCAGUGAUCUGGCUGCCGGGGAACUUGCAGAUGAAUCAGCAUUGUAUCCCAUUCAUGGUGACUUCUGGACUGGAAAUAUCUUACUCCCUGACACUCCUCUGGCAAAAGGCACUCACACUCCCAUUCGUAUUGUUGACUGGGAGAUGGUUCAGAUUGGUGUUCGGCCUCUGGAUCUCGGCCAGGCCAUUGCUGAGCUUUGGCAACUCAGGCUAUACAAGGACAUUGCCGCAGGGGAGUGGCUCAUUCAGGCAUUUGCUGAUGGCUACGGCGCCGUCAGUGAUGACUUUGCUUAUCGCACAGUUAUCCAUGUUGGUGUUCACUUGAUCUGUCUUGGAUCUCAGACGCCAGGAUGGGGCGAUGCUGAGCAACAGAAGGACGUGGUCAGAACAGGAAAGGAGAUUAUAGUCACCCGAAAACUCAACUCCAACUCACUCGGUUUAUACACAUCUCCACGCCCACGCCCAACUCAGAUGCCUUCUCCAGACACCAGUCGGCCUUGUAAGCGGUGCAAGGCCGAAGACGCCGCUUUACUCCUGCGGACAGACCCAACAUGCCGUGAUUGCUACAUCCAAUAUGUCGCUUAUAAACUGAACAAGCGUCUUGGUGCACUUCAUAAAGACAUUCGCUCUUCAAAGAAGCUCACUACUCGAAGAUACCUGGCCGGCUUAUCCUUUGGGCCUUCAUCUAGCGUCCUGGCCCAGUUGCUCAGCGAGCAGGCUCGCCAUCACUCAGAGAACAAGGCAUCUUCACCAUUUGAGCCCGUGAUUAUUCAUAUCGAUACUGAGUUAUCACAUAUUGAGGGAGAAUCUCCUGCUAAGAAGCUCCUGGAAGAGUACCGUCGUGUAUUGCCAAAUGCUGCGUUCGAGUGUGUUCCUCUAAAGGACGUUCUCUCUGUGAAGAGCAUCGACUGGUCAAGUCUACCCCUCGACGGUGUCACACCAGAUGAUGAUCCAAACGCUCGCCUUCAACGACUUUUCAAUGGUUUACCCACAUUGACCUCGCGAACAGAUCUUCUCCGUCAGCUUAUUCGUCACCUUCUUCUCCAGAAAGCCCGGGAGCACUCAUGCUCAGCGCUUCUCCUCGGUCACAGCACAACAGCACUCGCAGCCUUGACACUAUCAGAGGUCGCCAACGGCAGAGGAUUUGCAGUUCCAUUACAGGUUGCUGACGGCAUGACAACUGUAUGCACGUACGAGGCAGCUGAGGGCGCCGCCGCCCAGGAGACCGGUCGACUAGAAUUCCCGGUCUACUACCCCCUGCGCGAGAUCUUUCGCAACGAGCUGGUCCAGUACAUCGACCUUGUUCCCUCAUUAAAGGAGGUUGUUCCCGUCAAACAAGGAGGUGCCAAGGCCGGAAACAGUGUUGUUUCACACAAGGACUUGAGCAUCGAGGAGGUCAUGACACGAUACUUUGAUAGUGUAGAGGAGGGAUAUGCUGGAAUCGUUGCCAACGUGGUGCGCACAACUACAAAGCUGGACCGAGUUCCUGGGAAGAGCUUCUGCGGAAGCUGCGGUAUGUCACUUGAUGCCGAGGGAGAUUCGCGAUGGGCCGGAGAGAUAGGCGAUGAUGCCGGGGACGGGCCGGGGGCAGCCGGUGCAGGCCGGCUAUGCUAUGGCUGCAAGCGGUCAAUCCACGGGUAG